AUGUCCAAAAUGCGCGCUGUGUUGAUCAAAGGCGGGCAAGGUCCUAUUGAGAACCUCUAUCUUGGGGAGACAGAUAAGCCAGUCCCAACGAAGGGACAGGUUUUGGUAAAGAUUGUCGCAUUUGGCCUCAAUCGCAUGGACCUUUUACAGCGACAGGGCGGUUAUCCUGUACCCCCUGGUGCAUCCUCCAUUCUUGGUGUGGAAUUCUCUGGACGUGUGACUGAGCUCGGCGAAGGAGUGACGCGAUGGGCUAUUGGUGAUGAAGUCUUUGGUCUUGCGGGCGGCGGGGCUUAUGCGGAGUUCCUAAACUGCGACGAAGGACUCUUGUUGAAGAAGCCCGGUCACUUAUCUUGGGUAGAGGCAGCUAGCAUACCAGAAAACUACAUUACAGCCUAUCAAGCUCUUGUGAAGUACGGGGAAGUCAAGAAGGGCGAUCAUGUACUCGUUCAUGCAGGCGCUUCUGGUGUAGGCUUGGCGGCUAUCCAAAUGGCAAGGGAAUCAGGAGCGGCAACCGUUACUGCGACGGCAUCUACCACAGAAAAACUAGAAUGGCUCCGGUCUAUCCCUAACGGGGCGACACAUACUGUCAAUUACAGAACCGAAGACUUUGCCGCGGAAGUCGGAAAAACGACCAACGGAAGAGGUGUCGAUAUUGUCAUAGAUUUUGUUGGACAAAGUCAUUGGGCAAAGAACAUCCAAUCCCUCGCCAUUGAUGGUCGGAUGAUAAUGUUGGCUACUCUGAGUGGGAACGAGGUCCCCUCAGUCAACCUUGGCCAGAUACUUUACAAGCGUCUUCGCAUUCAGGGUUCUACGUUGCGUUCGCGUAGUUCAGAGUACCAGACCGAGCUCAUCGCAAGAUUCCGCGAUUUCGUCGAUAAGCUAACUGGCGCUAACGGAGGUGGCCCGAUACGGACUUACAUUCAUAAAGUAUAUCCUUGGACAGAGAUCCAGAGCGCUCAUCAUGAGAUGGCUGACAAUAAGAAUAGCGGGAAGAUCAUUGUUGAAAUUCAGUAA